CUCGAAUCCGGCACUGCCAUUGUCAAGAUACCCGAUAACGUCUCGGACAAAAUGGCGGCGCCUGUUAACUGCGCCCUGGCAACCAUGGUGAGCGCUGUAUCGUGUAUUGAUGAUUGGAAUGGAAAACUGGUUCUGGUUCAGGGUGCCGGAAUGCUUGGUCUCUAUGGCUGUGCUCUUCUCAAAGAAGCAGGCUGCGCGAAGGUCUACUGCGCAGAUAUAAACUCGGACAGAUUGUCACAAGUAUCAGAAUUCGGUGCAAUACCAUACGAUAAAGGUGCUGAAGGAUGCCCUGGAUCAUGUGAAUUUGAUGUUAUUAUUGAAGUGUGUGGCGCAGCUGCGGUUGUCAAAGACGGUAUGGACCUGGUGAAAAUUGGUGGGACGUACCUGUUUAUUGGCAUGGUACAUCCUUUCUCACAAUUAGACAUCACCGGGGAAUCCAUAAUUGUCAAGUGUCUGACGAUAAGAGGUGUACAUAACUAUGCCCCGUGGGAUUUGGAGAAAUCUGUGGAGUUCAUAGCGAAGACUGCAGACAAGUACCCGUACGAGACGCUAGUCAGCCAGCCAUUCCCAUUACAAGAUAUCGACGCUGCUGUACGUGAAACUGAAACUCAGAAGUUCUGUCGGGUUGCACUGGUUGCCGAAUGAGAUGUCAGCGACGGAGGCGUGUUUUAUUUGACUCUGAACACUGUAACUUUAUAGCGAUAGCUGAUAAAUUAGUAUUAUAAAAUAAGUUUCAUGUAUAUUGUCUUUCUUGGUUGUGUUCUUGUGAGAAAGAACACGUAUGUGACAGUGUUGGAUUUCGAAAAAUAAAAGUACGUUUUUAACAAC